AUGACUAUAUUUAGAUUUGACCGUUGUCGAAGAUACAGGACAUUAUUCAAGGCUGUAACAUUGAAAAUUGUUUUUGUCAUUAUUCUCAAAUGUCUGACUCAAGAUAACGACAGUAAAAACACUAUGCAAAUUAAAGAGACAAUUAAAUCAUCCGGUGACAUUUAUUUUCAGCUUUUAUCUGCUAAUGAUUUGGAGCGUUUAAAAAGGGUAAACCGUGGUCCUCCCAUUGUCGUGCCAAGGUAUAAACUAAUAUUUUUCUGGAAUCAAAAGUCAGCUUGCUCCUACUGGAAGCGAGUUUUCCAGUAUAUACAAGGAAUUCCCCGGAAACAAUUCCAGUUUAUACAUACACCAGAAAGGAGCGGAUUAAAGUAUUUAGAUAAUUAUAGUAACAUAACUAUAUCACAGAUGAUGAAUGAUCCGACCUGGAUUAAAGCCACCUUCGUCAGAGAGCCACGAGAACGGUUAUUGUCAGCUUAUUUAGAUAAAGCAAUCGAUAACUCAUUUGUAUUGGAAAAAUGUAACAGAAGUGUAAAGUCUUUUUCAGAUUUUAUAGAGUUAACAAGAACAUGUAAAGAUCCACACUGGGAGUCACAAGUUCGACUACCACAACAUUAUUACAAACAUAUGAUUGUUGGUGUCAUGGAAAACUUACCCGAUUUUACCGAAAAAUUGUUACGAAAACUAGGGGCAUGGAAUAACACGGUCAGUCAUUGGCUUCAAAAUCGGAAACGUAAUGACUUAGUCGUCACAAGAAUGCAUGCUACUAACGCAAAGAAGAAAAUCUUAAAGUAUUAUACACACAGUUUAGAAAAAGAAGUAGUUACUAGGUAUCAAAAGGACUACGAUGUGUUUGGAUUUAAUUGCUCUUUGUUAACAUUAAAAUAG